AUGGAAGAUGAAACAAGUCGAACAACCAAUAUCAAUGAAAGCACACUUCUUAUUGAGUCUCUUGAUUCAACACCGGAAGUUGAACAACAUUCAGUGACUGUGAAGAGGAAAGCUAUAGAAUCAAGAUUUGUUGCUUGGCCGCAUUAUGAUAAGCUCAUAGAAGAUGGAAUUAAGAAAGCGAAGUGCAAGCACUGUGGUAAAGUUCUCUUAGCUGAUUCAACUAAAAAUGGAAUAAGUGGACUGAAUAAACAUUUGAAAACUUGUCCUAAAAAUCCAAAUAAGGUUAACACGUCCAAUUCUAAAUACAAACAAUCAAAUUUAAACUUUCCAUUAGAAGGUGAAAUGAGUGAUGGGGCAAUUUGGACUUUUGAUCAAGAGGUAUCUCGGAGGGCUUAG